GCCGCGAUCGUGAACAUGGGGAACACGCAUUCCAAAAGCGGUGACAGAGACAGCACGCUCCGCGGCCACCCCGAGCUGUCUUUCUGCAGCUCUUUUCCUCGGAAAUGGAGCGAGAAUGUCUUUCUAGAUAACGAGCUGCUGACCUCCAAGAUCCUGUCCGUGCUGCGGCCACAGUCGGAACGGGGCUUUCGGACAGGCCACCUCCGCUACCCUGCCCACUUUCUCAGCACCAACUCUGUGUUUGCCUCUGUCGCAGCGUCCCUGAAGGAACACCCGAGGGCCACCCUCUUGUCUGAUGGCAGCCCAGCCCUGUCCAGGAAUGUCGGCAUGAUGGUCUCACAGAAGGGGGGUCCGCAGCCAGCACCCAGCCCGGCGGGAACGGGGACGCAGCUUGGACCAGUCACAGGAGAGAUGGAUGAAGCCGACUCUGUAUUUUUAAAAUUUAAGCAGGCAGCUGAUGACUCUCUCUCACUUACGUCUUCGAAUGCCGAGCCCAUUUUUGUAGAAGACCCCUGCACAGCCUCGCUGAGGAGUGAGAUCGAGGCGGACGCCCGCGAUUUCGAGGCUGAGUCCUGGAGCCUUUCCGUGGACGCGGCAUACGCAAAGAAACAAAAGAAAGAGGUGGUAAAGAGGCAGGAUGUGCUCUAUGAGCUGGUGCAGACGGAGGUGCACCACGUCCGGACUCUCAAGAUCAUGCUGAAGGUCUACUCCAGGGCCCUGCAGGAUGAGCUUCAGUUCAGCAGCAAGGCCAUCGGCCGCCUCUUCCCGUGUGUGGACGAGCUGCUCGACAUGCACAGCCACUUCCUGUCUCGGCUGAAGGAGCGCCGCCAGGAGUCCCUGGAGGAGGGCAGUGCCCGCAAUUACGUCAUCCAGAAAAUCGGGGACCUCCUGGUGCAGCAGUUCUCCGGCGAAAAUGGGGACAGAAUGAAAGAAAAGUACGGUGUCUUUUGCAGUGGCCACAAUGAGGCCGUCAGUCAUUACAAGUUGCUGCUGCAGCAAAACAAGAAAUUUCAAAGCCUGAUCAAGAAAAUCGGCAACUUCUCCAUCGUGAGGCGGCUUGGCGUGCAGGAGUGUAUCCUUCUGGUCACUCAGCGCAUAACCAAGUAUCCUGUGCUGGUGGAGCGCAUUAUUCAGAACACAGAAGCUGGCACCGAGGACUACAGAGACCUGACCCAGGCCCUGAACCUCAUCAAGGACAUCAUCUCCCAAGUGGAUGCCAAGGUCAGCGAGUCCGAGAAGGGCCAGCGCCUCCGGGAGAUCGCGGGGAAGAUGGACUUGAAGUCCUCCAGCAAGCUCAAGAACGGGCUGACCUUCCGCAAGGAGGACAUGCUGCAGCGGCGGCUCCACCUGGAGGGCACGCUGUGCUGGAAGACCACGUCGGGGCGCCUGAAAGAUGUCCUUGCUGUCCUGCUAACCGACGUGCUCUUGCUGCUACAAGAAAAGGAUCAAAAAUACGUCUUUGCCUCUGUGGACUCGAAGCGCCCGGUCAUCUUGUUACAAAAGCUCAUUGUGAGGGAGGUGGCCAACGAGGAGAAAGCCAUGUUUCUGAUCAGCGCCUCCCUGCAAGGGCCUGAGAUGUACGAGAUCUACACCAGCUCCAAAGAGGAGAGGAACACUUGGAUGGCCCACAUCAGAAGGGCCGUUGAGAGCUGUCCGGACGAGGAGGAGGGGCCCUUCAGCGAGGCCGAAGAGGAGAAGAAGGUGUUCGAGGCCCGCGCCCUGAGGCUGAGGGACUUCCAAGAGCGACUGAACAUGAAGGACCAGCAGAUUGCACAGAGCCUUGGCGAGAAGCAGCAGAUCUACCUGGAGAUGGCGGAGAUGAGCGGGCUCGAAGAUGUCCCUCAGUCGCGACUCCUCUUCCGAGGAGGGGAUCCCCCCGAGACCAUGCAGGGGGAGCUGAUCCUCAAGUCGGCCAUGAGUGAGAUUGAGGACAUCCACACCCUGAUCUGCAGGCAGCUGGGCAGCGCCAACGGCCAGGCGGAAGACGGGGGAGGCUCCGCGGGCCUGCCCCGCAGGGCAGAGACUUUUGGGGGCUACGACACUGUGAGCAUCCCCGGCAAGAAUGGCAGUUUGAAGAAGGCCUGCAGCAGCAACCCCGGCUCCCAAGACUGGCAAGGCCCGGUGAGCAGCCCAGACUCGAAGCCCAGCAACACCCCAGGGGCCUCUGAGGACGCCCCACCCGCAGUGGCGGUACCGGGGGCGGAGUCCGGCCGCCGGCUGCCCGCGGCCCUGGAGCUGGAGCUUGUCCAGCGGAUCCAGACCCUGUCGCAGCUGCUCCUCAGCCUCCAGGCGGUCAUCGCCCAGCAGGACAGCUACGUGGAGAUGCAGAGGGCCUCCAUCCAGGAGCACGAGAAGCAGCUGCGGCUGCAGUCCACGCGCGGGAACCUGCUGCUGGAGCAGGAGCGCCAGCGCAACUUCGAGAAGCAGCGCGAGGAGCUGGCCGCCGUGCAGAAGCAGCAGGGCCGCCUGCGCGGGGAGCAGCAGCGCUGGGAGCGCGAGCGGGAGCGCCAGCAGCACGAGCUGGCCCUGGCCUCGGCCCGGCUGCAGCGGUGCCAGAACGAGUCGCUGCAGCUGCAGGAGCGGCUGAGCCAGGAGCGCGAGCAGCUGGAGCAGCAGCGGCGCGCCUACCAGCACGACCUGGCGCGGCUGCGGGAGGCCCAGCGCGCCGUGGAGCGGGAGCGCGAGCAGCUGGAGCAGCAGCGGCGCCUCCGGAAGCAGAACACGGCGCCCGGCGCGCUGCCGCCCGACUCGCCGGCCGAGGCCCAGCCGCUAAGCCACACUCCCAGCUUCAACGGGGAGGGGCCGGAAAGGCCCGCCGCGCUCGCCAAAGCGCCAGGAGCCCGGGUGAGCACGCCGCUGGCCGGCCCGGGGCCCGAGUUCCCAGAGCGCCCCGAGAUGGCUCGCCGGGACAGCGCCCCCGCCGAGAGCCGGCCGGCCAAGAGCGAUGUGCCCAUCCAGCUGCUGAGCGCCACCAACCAGAUCCAGAGGCAGGCAGCUGUGCAGCAGCAGAUCCCCACCAAGCUGGCCGCCUCCACCAAGGGCGCCAAGGACAAGGGCAGCAAGAGCAGGGGCUCCCAGCGCUGGGACAGCUCAGCCUCCUUCGACCUUAAGCAGCAGCUGCUCCUCAGCAAGCUUGUGGGCAAGGACGAGAACAGCGCCCGGAACCGCCGCUCGCUGAGCCCCGUCCUGCUCAGCAGCCACAGCUCCGUGUCCCCCACGGACCCCUGCUGCCCGGCCCCAGCUGACGUCCCCCCCGAGUGCUUCUCCCUCAAGCCCGGGGGCGCCCCCGUGCCCCCCUCCCCCUUGCCACUGCCCACCACGCCGGGCGACAAGGAAGACAGCAGCAAGGAAGACGUCAUCUUCUUCUAGAGGGGGUGUGGCUCGAGGUGCAGACCCCUCCCUGUCCUGCUCUCCGGGGAACAGCCCAGUCCCUCUCCUCUCCCCGAGCAAAGCACCACCAAUGGCUGCUGGCUGGGGCCAGGGUCGGGGUCAGGGUCAGGGUCAGGGCCAGGGCUGGCCCGUCGCCUUGAGCCUCUUCCUGUAGGAUUAGCAGUGGUGCCUGGGUAACUUUCUAAACCUUUUUUUUUUUUUAACACAAAAAGGAAAGUUUUUAAUCGAAGGUUGAACCAGAGCUAACCCAAGGAACUGUGUGCAGUCGUAGCACCCGCUGGGGAGGGAGAGCGAGCGACUCCACGCCACUUUUCCAAGGUAGUGACAGACAGUGGUGGCUCCGCAAGAUGCCUGAGGACAGGCCGGACCCCAGGCUGAGGAGCAGGGGCUGGCCCUGGGGCUAGGUGGCGUCCACAGGAUCCGCUUCCGAAGCAGAGACCUACCUGUGUUCGUGGUGAACUUCAAGGCCAGGGCGUGAGUGCAGAUUGGGGGGGGGGGACACAGCCCAGCCGGGGACAGAAGGCCACAGGGCAGGGCGUAUGAAGAGGACGGCCAGUGGCACAGGUGACAGGUUCUGUAGGUUCUGAAAGGGACGGACCAUAACUCACUUUAAUUUGACAGAGGUUUUUAAAACCUGCUGUUGCCAAACUUGGUGCCUUCCAAAGGCACCUCAGCGUGGUGGCUUCUGUGGGGUUCGAGGGCCCCAGCCGUUCUCCGAGCGCUCAGCCUGUCCGGAGAAGCCCAAUCGACAGCGUUAGCCAGGGCAGCUCGCCCGAGGGUCCCAGCCCCCAUGAGAUGGGCGGGAUUUCCUGCGGCUGCAGGGAGGAAGGCCCCAGGGCAGGUGUCCCUCACCCUCAGGCAGGUGCUGGUACAAGGAAUGGAGCGGUGGGGCGCCAUGUCCUCGUGGACGAGGGAGAAAUGCUAGAGGGGUCACCUAGGGCCUGGAGACCUCAGAUGGGCAGGGGGCUCCAGGUGCCUCGUGUCCAGUGAGCUGAGCUAGCCUGUUGUCAGCUCCCCUGGAGGACAAGGGCCACCCAUCCCACUGCACAGCUCUAGAUGCUGGGGAUCGUGCUGGAUGUCCAGGAGCGCUCUGGGGCUGGCCAGUGGGUCAGAUGCACACUUCAGCUGUGGAGGAACUCAAGCCUGGGUGCAGGGUGGGGGAAUGGGGAUACUCCGGCCUUUGGUCCCCGGGCUCCCCCACUGAGCCCAGAGCCCCAUCCCUCCCAAAGUGCUCGUGGGAGGACUGGGGCCCCAGCUGACCAGUUCCGAACCUCUCCCAGGCACAGUGAGUGGUGUGCCGAGCCCGGCCUCUCUGAGAACCUCUGCCUGCUCCUUUCUCUCCCCCGGCCUCCACUUCGUGCUUGGGGCCUGCAGCAUCCGCGCAUCCUUGGGGAGCCAGGAGAAGCGUCCUCUCUCGGUCCUGCGACGCGUCCGAGCUCCUCUGUGCCAUGUCUGUGAUCAGUGUUUGCGUUUUCGUACUGAGACAUCUCCGAGCACUUUAGCAAAGUUGACUUUAAGUUGCUGUCCUGUUGUGAAGCGAACAUCUCUGGGCUCUCAUGCUGGGUGAUUCCACCGCCACACACCCCUGUCCACCGGCUCUGGUCUGACCCUCCGAGACGCCACGAUUCCUCAGCCGGUGACAAGUCGAAGGAACCGCCGCUCGGCCAUGUGGCAGGGAACUGGGGUGUCCCACCACGGGGCCACACAGCGGGGCAGUGUCAUCGUAGGUCCGUCUCUUGUCCGGGCAAGGUCACUCCCGGAGAGCCCGAUUUUAUUUGUACGGUUGGUGGUUGAGCAGAUCCUCUUAUUUCCGUGGAACCUGUGCACGUCUUCAUUAAUUGUGACCAUAAUCUUAGUCCAGCCGACAAUUAUUUUUACGAUGAUUGCAACAUUUCCUCACUGUGGGGUCUUUCAGAACCACCUUAAAACUUAAGACCUGAUUCCAGCAAUAAAAGUAUCGAAGAUGA